AUGGCAGAAGAUACUUGUUCAUUGAUCCAAAAUGGCCAAAGAAACUGUGAAGCGACAAACAGCAACACCGGUAGCGAAGCUGGAGAAGACCGAAGAAACUCAGUAGAACAGCCCCCUAGGAUGAGAACCAGAUACCUUGUGGUGCUGUGCAUUUUGUUUGUCGAGCUCUGCGAGCGUCUGACUUUCUACGGUGUGACCGCCAACCUGGUGUUUUAUUGCAAAGAUAUUCUAAAGUUGACCUCUCCAUUACCCAGUACAAUUACUUUGGCUUUUCAAGGUAUGAGGUAAAAUAAUUCAUACAGUAUGCUAAAUUACUUAAAUGAAGCCGUGACCUGCAUUAGUUUUGCUAGUGUCACGUGCUGAGUCCUAUUUACAUUGACUUGAUGCGGAAGCGUUGUCAAUUAAUAAAUGUAGAUGUAGAUGUUACAAAGAGUAGGCAAACUGAACUUUACUUAGGUUGUUUACCAUUUAAACAAAAUUCCGGAAAUUUUGGUUAGGAAUUUUCGUUCGGCAAGAACGGUACGUGUAGCCUGCGAAGCGCAGACGCAUUUCGCAGGCUACGGUACGUGCCGUUUACCAUUUGCCAAAAAUUUCCGGAUUGUCGCGCCACGCUAGACUGGAUUCUAGUUACAACAUGAAACUAGUACGAAACUCAAGAAACUUGUAAAUGGUAAACGAAUUUCCAUUCAGAACGUCCCAAUCGGGAAAACGGGACUACCUUUUCAGAAUUUCCGUUUGUCCCGGGAAUUUUCCAGUGGGACGAACCAAAAAGACGUUUACCAUUUACAUCCCAACCGAAAUUUCCGAUGUGGUAAAUGGUAAACAACCUUUACUCUCACUGGCUUACGCACUUGACAACUGAACUUGUAACCUGCCUGCAAGGCUUAAAGGUACAUGACAGAGGGAGUUACUGCUAAGAAUCCCGGCCUCUUAUUACAUAGGUUGUCUUUCUAUAGUCUAGUAAUAUUGAAAGGUAACCCGACCGACUAUGAAGCCAAACUUUAAGCACCGCUUUGCUGUCUUCCUCUUACGUCAUCAUCCAAAUGCAAAUAAAGAGACUAAUCGCAUGCUUGAUUGAAUUAAAACUGAAGCGUACCCCGAGUAUCUCUAUUCACAACCAAAACUUAGUUUGGCCAACAUUCUUUUUCUCAGCUGUUCAGCAUCAAAAGAAUCGACCUUACACCUCUAUAAAUGAUUUGUUUUUAAGAACAAACUUCUCACUUAAGGAUGCGGAACUUUCUACUAUACGCUCUUGGCUCGUCACGCUUUCAUUGAGAUGUUAGAUUUUGUAUGUGUCAUAAAGAACUUUAGUGUGCCACGUGGAGGGUAUGUAGUCAGGAAGCCGUUUUUUAACGAUAUGUCUGCGACCAAGCUUUCGUUGAACCGGACAUGAUAUUUUUGUAAGAUAUGGACACUUCCUCUAACUACGUUUGGCAUUCGCCAAGUUCGUCCGCGAAGAAAGCUAAACAGGUUCAGCAAUAUCACGGUUUGCCAAAAAAUGAUCGACACAGCAUUUCAGCUGACAAUCAGAACUGUCAACUGAGAUGAAUAAUCCACUUCCAAGUUCACAAAGCCUCGGUAGUACAAGCUAGUGUAAUUCAUAACCCUUCCCUACAACAGAAAGGAGUGGUCCGAACCGUCCUAGACUGAGUUGAAUCUGCAUACUUAGCUAGUAAGUGAGUCAGGCAUAUUUUACACAGAAUCUUCUUUAUAAAUUAAGAUUUUUUAUUUCAAAGAAACAGAGAUUCAAGCCAAAGAACGAAAGCAGGAUAAAGCAUACCAAGUGCAAUUUAUGGUUGGCCAGUGAGAAUCGAGCGACGUUUCCUUGGUUACAGAAAUGUACGAUGCAAUUUCACUUGCUAUCACACUUGCAUUCUACACAAGCUAUCAGUGAGAGUCCGAUUCCUCGCCGGCAAACCACAUUUUCACAUGUCACUAUUCAAGUGAUGUUUAGUUACGUUUAUUCAGUUGGGUGGCCUUUGAUGAUCAGACACAUCUUGUGUUUUACUUAAGAAGUUUGAAGAGGAACGGGGAGGUGAAGUCCAAAAUAAGAUCUAAAUCCACGUUUUACUCCUUUAGUACCGUUUUGUCCGUCUUUUGCUGUAUAAGAUGAAAGACUCCCAAUCUUGCCGUCAAGGGUUUUGAUUGCAUUGUUUGAUACUUACAGUAUGUCAAACUUCGAAAGUGGUUCAGUCAUCUACAGAAGAUGGAUUUUUUUAUUUUUAUUCUUUAAAUUUUUCAGGAACAUGUUUUUUCACUCCUUUAAUCGGUGGAUGGUUAGCUGACACCCUACUCGGACGCUACAAUACCAUAUAUGGAUGCUCGCUUCUCUACAUGGUCGGUACCUUUCUUCUCACGGCUACUACUUACAGCUACCCACCAGCCUAUGCUCUGAGCAUGUCAAGUAAAGAAGGAUUUUUAGGCGUGUCACUCAUCCUUAUUGCCAUAGGAACAGGGGGAAUCAAGGCCAACGUUUCUCCGAUGGGCGCAGAUCAAGUGAAGGAGCAAGGAGAGCAAAUGGUGCAGAAAUUCUUUGACUGGUUUUACUGGUUUAUUCAAGUGGGCGGACUACUUGCUUUCACUAUUGUUGUGUACCUUCAACAGGAAGUGUCAUUUUUCUACGGUUAUCUAAUAACAGCGGUUUCAAUGACGUUUGCGACAAUUCUGCUCCUUAUUGGAAGAAAAAGCUACAAACUGUACCCUCCGGAGGGUAGUUACUUAACUGACUCGUUACUCAUCAUUGGCAAAGGCCUCAAGGAUAAAUUCUUAUGCAAAAAAUCUGUUUCCAGGAGCCACUGGCUUGAUGGGGCGAAGAUAACAAAGGGGGGAAAUUUCUCUGAGGAAAUGGUGGAAGGAGUAAAGUCAGUAGUCCAACUAUUGCCAAUCUUUUUAACUUUUAUUUUCUACUGGACAAUAUUUGGGCAGGUAAGAGCAAUUUUUAUUUUCUUAAGUGUAUAAGUGAGUUGAUUAGAACGAAAGGAAAAAUAGCUAGUACUCAUUAUCAAUAUAAUCGUUAAAAUUUUUCAUCAUCAUCAUUAUCGUCCUCAUCAUCAUCAUCAUUAUCAUUAUUUCUUCAUCGUGAUCAUCAUCAUCAUCAUCAUUAUAUCGUCAUCUUGAUCAUUAUCGUCAUUGUCAUCGUCAUCAUGAGUGGUUAGAGCAUUCGAACUAAGACUCGGAGGGUCCUGUCGUGAGUUCGAUUUGGAUCUGGAGCUCGGAAUUUUUUCUGAGCUUUCUGUUGUUAGAAGUUUCCUUCUUCUAAAUUAUCAUCAUCGUCAUUAUUAUCAUCACCGUCAUCAUCAUCAUUAUUAUUCGACUGCCUUCGAGAUAGAUGCCAUACCACAGGGUCGUAUCUCCAUUGCUCUCCCAAGUUCUUCAAAGGCUAACCCGGCUUAGCUGAGGCGAAAGAGGAGGGUUGGAGGAUAAGGCUUCCACGGCCACUUCGCCCUUUCCAAAAGUCUUGUUAAAUUGCUAUAACUUUAUUUUCUUUUUCUUUAGGGACUUACCACCUAUGUCCUUCAAGCUUCUUACAUGAACUUAAAAGUCACGGACAAUAUUUCAUUUCCUGCCGCAUCACUCAGCCUUUUUGAAAUCAGUUCGCUGCUUGUUCUUAUUCCAUUUAUCGACCGAGUGGUUUACCCAGGUCUGCGACGUCUUGGUUUUAAUUUUACCCCACUGCGCAGAAUCGGAGUUGGGUUGCUGUUUGCCGCGGGCUCGGUUGUUAUGGCAGGGGUUAUUGAAGUUGAAAGAAAACAUAUUAUAAAGACACAUGGAACGUUUGAGCAAGACGUGUUUGAUAAAACCGUGAAUGCAUCCACUAUGAGUGUGUUUUAUCAAGUUCCUCAGUACAUUCUACAGGGAACAAGUGAGGCUCUAGUAGGCGUUACAGGUAACAGUUCACAGUUGUAGUCUUUAAAAACGUUCGUCCUUUAGACUCACCACAAGUUUAAGAAAUAACGUUUCUUACUCAAUAAAAGAAGAAGGUAGUCAGUAAAGGAAAUAUUAAGGUUUAAAAUUGAAGCCUGUCUUUAACCGAUCAGUCGUUUCAAUUUGAAGAUAUUUAGUGUUGUCGGUUCUGCUCUGGAAAACCUGGAAAGUCAUGAAAAAGCAUUUUAUUUUCCAUGCCUGGAAAAUUAUGGAAUUUAACUGUUGGUCCUGGAAAGUCAUGGAAAAUUAGUUUUGUCUGAUAGAUAAGUUACUGCAGAUGACAAGGCUACAGUGACAAUGUAAGUGAUAAAGAGAAGUAACUAACCAACGCAAACGGCAGACAAUGUGGUGGACACCAGAGUUUGUGUCUGUUGAACUGUGUAAAACAAGGAAAGUUUUUAAAAUUUUUGAAAGUAACGGCUAAACCUAAGGCCUUGGAAAACUUAAAAAGGUCAAUCCAUGGAAAAAGUUAUGGAAAGUCAUGGAAUUUCAAGAGCUCAAAAGAGUACCGAACCCUGCGCUUCUGUUGGAGAGGUCCCGAGUGUGAUUCUGUGAUCUUAAGUCCUUGUUUCCACUUCUUUCCUUUCCGUAUAGCUUCCAGUAGCUUAAUUGCAUUAUGAACGGAGCACUGAUGGAGAGAGGGGGUAAACUGAACGCAACGUCGGCGUCAGCUUUAUAAGUCGCCAGAUGAUGACUAUUUCGAGUUACCGAAGAAACCGUUGCGUUUGUUUAUCAUCAACACUGAACAUAACCUCCUAUCACCCCUCCCUCCCUACCCUUUACCACCGGCAAGUAAUUUAGCAUCGUUUCUUUUUUUUUUCAGGUCUCGAAUUUGCUUAUUCCCAGUCCCCUACCUACAUGCGCGGAGUAGUUAUGGGUUUGUGCCUAGCAAUGAUUGGUUUGGGUUACUACGUAGCUUCAGCGUUGGCUUCCAUUGUUAAACACGCAUCAAAUGGUGAUUGGUAUCCUGAAGACCUCAACAAAGGAUUUAUGGAAUACUACAUGUUCCUGUUGGCGGGACUUAUGCUGGUUAAUGCUGUUGUAUUCCUGUUGAUAGCUGUCAAAUAUCGAUAUGCUAAUUAUGAUGAAGAAAUGACCUAUCCGGAAAAUCAAGAUAGAAACUUGCGUAAAGGAAGUCCAAAUGACUACCAGAGUAUAAGCGAAGAUCCUUAGUUAGAUAAAGCUCUGGUGAACAUUUCUCUUAUUGUUGCAUCACGCUUUUAUAUCUAAGGAACCUGUCAAUUAGGAAAUUCAAAUGAUUAAAUAAGAGUGUUUAUAAAAUCGUUCCAGCCGACGAUUUGUUUGCAGAGUCAAUGCAGAGUCAUGCCGGUUACUUAGGAAGUUUAAGUAUUCACAACGAUCAAGAUUUUUAUACUAAAAAAAUCCUAAUAAAGACUUCAGAACAAAACAUGUGUAACUUAGGUGUAACUUAAAGACAUAAAGGAAUCUACCACAUUAAAGGUUUUUUCCUCCGGCUCUUCUUCACCCCAAAUGGACCAAAUGUCAACAGUUAGUUUUAUAACGCUUUGUGAAGGCAAAAAUGUGAAAAUUUGGACAAAAAGAGCGCAAAGUUUCACCCAAUUUUGGCAUGAUAUGCUUUUAAAAGAAAAUGCAAUUUAUUUUGACUGUCCUUCUUGUUCUUUUAUUGUUAUAAAAUAAACAUUCACCUGCAACUCAAAUCUUUGUUAGUACAUUACAUUUGAGUAUGACACUCGAGCCUCUACUAAUAAGGGCCUCCAGUCUCGGUUCAUUUAACGGCAUACAGAUUUCCAUACAGAUUUGAAUGUACAGUAAAAACCCGUCACUAAGAACCUGGUUUUUAAGAACCUGUUAGGCUAAAAUUUGCCUCUUAGGCCCCCUCUAUACAAGAACCUGUUUAGCCUGAAAUUUAAAACGGGUUCUUAUUUUUAAAAUUUUUUUAAAAAAAUUUUUAUACACUCGGACAAAUAGGAUAAGUCAACAUUCAGGAUCCCCUUGGGAGACUUAAGUGCCUUAUCACCCCAACUGGAACGUAUUGGUAUGUAGAUAUUAUGCAAAGAAUAAGCUGAACACCACUAAAUACUCUUAGCUACAAAUAUUUAUUUUUCCUUAAGAAAAUAAAAACAACCUAUUUAAGAACCUAAAUAACCUAAAUUUGUCCUUAUUACCAUUUACAUAAGAACCUAUUUAGGCUAACUUAAGAAAAAGCAGGUUCUUUGUCGCUGGUUUUUACUGUACUAUUUUUGCUUGGGUUUGUUUACAGCGUAUUUUUUUUUACUGUGUUGUGUAACCGUACGCUUUUAUAUUUUUAACGCUAAACAUGUUCUAAAUGUCCCUUAAAAAAUGGUGUCACAUCACGCCUCUGCGUACCUCCCCAUUCGUCAGACAAAGUGAAACGAUAGUUGGUCUGAUAUCAACUGAGACGUCUUUAUAUGCUUCCCGAUAACAUACACCUAAUUGCAUUAACUUUGUUAUACAUGUACAAGAAAAGUGAAAAAGGAAAAUAGGCUUAUACGAAUAAAUUAGCCUUGCAAAUUACAUAUUGAUAUUUUGAUAACCCCGAAGUCACCUGGUAUAAGUUUCUAAUCAGUUGAGUUUUAUAGGAAAGAUAAAAUGGCCUCUGAUUUGUAAAGGAUUUCAGCCUAACCCUUAAUGUUGUGAGAGUGGCGUGCCUAAUUUAUUCCUAUUUAGCUUUUUCCAAUUUUUUUUCUUUUUUUCUGUGACAAAGUCGUUUCAGUUAAGGUUACUUUAAACCAAAAAAUGGAAAUAAGAGACUUAUGCUACUUAUACACUGAUGUAUAGCCUAUAUUUUAAAGUUUAAUAAACAAAGUAUCGUACACUUUAUAGGUAACUAAUAGUCUAGGAAAUUGAGAUUAAUGAAAUUCGUUCACCAGCGGGCGUAUCCAUUGUAUAUGAAUUUAAUAAAACUGCACUUUACCGAAGUGUUAUUUUUAAAGACAACGUUUUGGAGUCUUGCGUGACCUACAUGUUUUAAAUAGGUGGCCGAUUUGUUCCUGGGUGCGCGUCAGCUACCUUUAUUAGAUGCCGUGACGGGCUCUUCCGCAUCGCUGCAUCAGCAGGUCCGAACCUUUCGUUGAAGUCGGUGUACCACGAAUCUCGUCAUUCGUGGCAGAUUUAACGUAGGUUUGUAACCUUUUGAACUGAAUCUGCUUCUCGCUAAUAUUUGUUUUUGAGUAAUGUUAAUAUAAUGUGAACGACAUCGAUGUCAUAUACAUGUUUUUGCCUAAGGGUAAACUUCACUAUGGCGGACCGCGAUGGUUCUCUAUUGAUCCAAGAUGAAAGAGACAAUGAAGAAGCAGACAGCAACAGCGAAGUUGAAGACGGUCCAAAUUCAGUAGAACAACCCUCAAGGAUCAGAACCAGAUACCUUGUGGUGCUGUGCAUUCUGUUUGUCGAGCUUUGCGAACGUCUGACUUUCUACGGUGUAGCCGCCAAUCUGGUGUUUUAUUGUAAAGAUAUUCUCAAGUUGACCUCUCCAUUACCCAGUACAAUUACUUUGGCUUUUCAAGGUAUAAUAUGUGUUUUUCAGAAACAUUUUAAUGAAUUGCAUUCAUUUUCUGAACUGAGCAAUGAACAAAACUUAAGCCUUUAAUAGUUGGGAAAGUUUCUUUCAUGACCGGCUUGUCAUGCGAGCCUCUGGGGAAGGGGAAGUAAUAUAUAGAACAUGACAAGGGAGCUCCUUUUAUUGUCUAAACUGUACAUGUCUUUACAGUCUAGUCAAAUCAUAACUAACUUGCACUCAGACCAAAUUUUACUUUACUGAACAGCACUGUGAUAUGCCGUCUUACGUGGUUCGCGUUAACCGUACCAAGCGAAACCAAAAUCUGAUUUGAUCACGAGUUACAUCUAAACCAAAAAUAGAUCCUCUCUUUUUUAUAGGACGCGCUCAGGCAAGUGUUCCCACAGGACACCCAAGCUUGAAAUAUCAACCUCUGCGUUGUUGCGUAACCUUCGAUUUGGGGAAAACUUUUGUUUCGACAAUAUUUGCAUUAAUAUGGUUUUCAGCUAACGUAACACAACAAGGUUAAUUGGAAAUUAUAACAUUAAAAGAAAAACUUAACUGUCUGAGUGCUGAGGUCUGCACUCCAGUACCUCACGAAUGAAGUAAGCAGUCUCGCUAUUAAAAAAAUAUAUUUCUCCUAG